AUGAAGGCCUGUUAUUACGAACUUUUAGGGGUCGAAUCACAUGCUUCUGAUCUUGAAUUAAAAAAGGCUUACCGUAAGAAAGCUUUACAAUAUCACCCAGACAAGAACCCAGAUAAUGUUGAAGAAGCCACACAAAAAUUUGCCAUAAUUCGUGCCGCUUAUGAAGUGCUAUCGGAUUCUCAGGAAAGAGCAUGGUAUGACUCACAUAAGGAGCAAAUCUUAAAUGAUACCCCACCAGAUGCUGAUGGCUAUUACGAUUACGAAGUGGACAUUACAGUCACAGGAGUCACUACCGAUGAGUUGCUUUUGUUCUUCAAUUCCGCCCUUUAUACUAAAGUGGACAACUCAGCUGCAGGAAUCUACCAAAUUGCAGGAAAAAUAUUCGCGAAGUUAGCCAGAGAUGAAAUUAUGACUGGUAAACGGCUGGGAAAAUUCAACGAGUAUCAAGAUGAUUCCUUUGAGCAAGAUAUCAAUAAUAUUGGUUAUUUGAAAACUUGUGAUGAUUACGUGAAUAAAACUGAUAAGCUUUUAUAUCCUUUAUUCGGAUAUUCAUCCAUAAAUUAUGAAUAUUUAAAGGAUUUCUAUAAAAUUUGGUCAUCAUUCAAUACUCUAAAAAGCUUUAGUUGGAAAGACGAAUACAUGUAUUCCAAAACCUAUGACAGAAGGACUAAGAGGGAAGUUAACAGAAGGAAUGAGAAGGCUAGGCAACAGGCCCGAAAUGAGUACAAUAAAACGGUCAAAAGGUUCGUGGUAUUCAUCAAAAAGCUCGAUAAAAGGAUGAAAGAAGGUACAAAAAUUGCAGAAGAACGACGUAAAUUGAAAGAACAGUUGAGAAAAAAUGAAUUAAAAAAUUUGAGAACUAGAGAGAAAGGUGGUGGUCCGAACGGCAACGACGACAAAGAAAACUUUCAUUUACAGAGUUGGCAAACGAUAAGGGAAGAAAAUUGGGAUGAAUUAGAGAAAGUUUAUGAUAAUUUUGGAGAAUUCGAAAAACCUAAGGAUGACAAAGAGGAUGAAAUAUUGAUUUAUGAGUGCUUCAUUUGCAACAAAACAUUCAAGUCUGAAAAGCAACUAAAAAAUCACACAAAUACCAAAUUGCAUAAGAAAAAUAUAGCAGAUAUCCGAAAAGAAAUGCAAGAGGAAAAUAUAACGCUUGGAUUGGAUAAUCUUUCCGAUCUUGAAAAUUUUGAUUCAGCGGAUGAAGUUGUCAAAGAAAAGAAUGACAUUGAUAUAGAGGCCUUACAAGCUGAACUUGCUGAAAUUGAAAGAAAACUUGCCGAACCAUCAUCUGAAAGUGAAACAGAAGAUGAAAAUAUAAAAGUAGAAUUGGAAAUAGAGGUGGAGGACGUCAGUUCGGAUGAAGAUGUGCAAGUACACAGGAAGAGUGAAAAGAAGAGGAAAAAAAACAAAAAUAAUGAAAAGAUGCAGACAGAAACAGAUGAUUCCGAUUUUUCUGAUGACAACAUAGACAAGAGGGGGGAAGAGUUGAAUGAUCUUUUAGCGUCAUUAAACGGCAAGGGCAUACAAAUUGAUGACGAUGAAGGCUGGUCUACAAGAUCAAAGAAGAAAAAAGGCAAACAACCUAAAAAGAACUCCAAAUCUGCAAGAGGCACUCCAUCUUUAUCUACACCGCCAUCGUCAGCAUCUUCGUUUUCUGCGGCUGAAAAUUGCGCUACCUGCGGAGAAUCAUUCGAUAGUCGAAAUAGGCUGUUUAGCCACGUGAAGAUAGCAGGUCAUGCGGCAGUAAAAAGUAAGAUAAAGAGCGGGAAAGUCAAGGCCAGCAAAAAAUAG